GUGUAAAGUUGGUAACAUAUAUGAAACAUAACCUCAUAAUUUAAUAGAUUUGAUUUUUAGGUUUUGACGUGUAAAUAAACUUGACUGAAAUAAUGUCGAUGGAACAUAAUGAAAAAUAUAUCUUUGAAGCUGAAUGGUACGACAAAAUAGCUUGUAUUUUAAAGAAGUUUUAUCUCUAUUACUAUCCGUUUGAUAAUACUGUUGAAUUGUUUGAUAUAAAAACUAGAAAAACAUUUUUAAGAAGAACAAAAUGCGAAGGAAUUCAGGCAAAAGAUUUUUAUGUAGGUGCCACUGUAGCAAUAUUUUCAAGAAAUAUAAGAAUAACAGAUUAUGCAGAUUCUACUACACGAACAAAAUUACAAACAAAAAUGCAAAAAACAUUUGCCAUAAUAAAACCUACUGUUGUUGGAAAACUAGGAGAAAUAUUAAAGUACAUAGUUGCCUCUAAUUUCCAUGUUGCCAAUAUUAAAAUGGUUAAAUUAACACAAGAACAGGCAACAGAUUUAUAUAAAGAUAAAGAGGAAGCCACUAUAGCGUAUAUAGUAAAUUAUCUCACUUCGGGUCCAAUUGUAGCUUUAGAACUAUUGGGUGAUCACGCAAUUACACAUUGGCAAGAAUUAAUGGGACCAGAAGAUCCCAGCGAAGCUAUUGCAAAAGCUCCAUCCUCCCUUAGGGCAUGUUAUGGUAAAGAUAGUAUUCACAAUGCAGUGUAUGGUUCUGACAGCGAGGAAGUGGCAGAAAAAGAACUACAAUGUUUCUUUCCUAAUCCAAAAACUAGUAAAAAAGGACCAGCAAAUACAGCAACAUUAGAGAAUUGUACUUGCUGUAUUAUUAAACCACAUGCUGUUCAAGCUAAAUUAACUGGAAAUAUUAUUGAUGAUGUGCAAAAAGCUGGUUAUACUAUCUCUGCUGUACAAAAAUUUUUUGUCAACCCAUUUGACGCAGAAGAAUUUUUAGAAGUUUAUAAGGGAGUUCUUCCUGAUUAUGCAGCCAUGGUAGGGGAACUACAAUCAGGACCAUGUAUUGUUAUGGAAAUAAAACAUAAGGAUGAUAAAUAUGAUGUUCAAGGAGAAUUUAGAAAACUGUGUGGGCCUAUGGAUCCAGAUAUUGCACGACAAAUCAGGCCAGAUACUCUUCGAGCAAAGUAUGGGAAAACCAAAGUACAAAAUGCUGUACAUUGUUCUGACCUACCAGAAGAUGGAAUAUUAGAGGUGGAAUACUUUUUUAAGAUUCUUGACAACAGCUAGGUAUUUAAAAAAAAAAAUGGUAUUACA